CCGCCUCUCAUUGGCCGCUCGCCUCCGCCGCAGCCCCAGAGAAUGAAUGAAAUUAGAAAUAGCAGCUACAUUACAUGUACAAUACCGGGCUCUGCAGUGUUGCAUUCUAUCAUUCUAUAUCAAAAUGGCCACAGCGGUACAGAACCCUCUCAAAGCUCAAUCUGGAGGAGCAGUCAUCAAGAACAGUCUUGGCGAGGAGUUUUAUAAGGAGGCGAUCGAACACUGCCGCAGUUAUAAUGCCCGUCUGUGUGCCGAGCGCUCCAUGCGGCUGCCCUUCCUGGACUCUCAGACCGGAGUCGCUCAGAGCAACUGUUACAUCUGGAUGGAGAAGAACCACCGUGGACCUGGUCAUGCUCCAGGUCAGUUGUACACAUAUCCCGCUCGCUGUUGGCGCAAGAAGAGGCGGUUGAACAUCCUGGAGGACCCUCGGCUUGUACCAAUCGAGUUCAAGAUCGAUUACGAGGCGUCCCUGAAGAAGGAGGGGGGUAUCCCAGAUGGCCCAGUGCUCGAGUCCCUUCUGUCGGGAGAAGCCCUCGACAAAAAGGUGGAGACGAAAGAGGAGGAGUCCAUGAGCGAGUGCCAGAAGCUGCUGGUCGGGGAUUUCCCUCACGAGCUGGAGGUGGACGAGAUGGAGGAAGACGUCCCAAAGCGAAAGAACCGCACCAAAGCACGAGCCUACGGCGUCGGAGGAAUGAGAAAGAGACAAGAGCCAUCCGCCAUCGAGGACAGAGACAAGCCUUACGUUUGUGACAUUUGUGGAAAGCGCUAUAAGAACCGCCCGGGGCUGAGUUACCACUACACUCACACACAUCUGGCGGACGAGGAGGGCGAGGAGGAGUCGGAGAGACACACACUUCCCUUUCAGCGCAAGAACAACCACAAACCCAAGAAAGCCGCGGAUGGGUCGGUAAUCGCUAACGGUUACUGUGACUUCUGCCUCGGGGGGUCGAAGAAGACGGGCUGUCCCGAAGACCUGAUCUCGUGUGCGGACUGCGGGCGCUCAGGACACCCCUCGUGUCUGCAGUUCACGGUCAACAUGACGGCUGCUGUGAGGACCUACCGCUGGCAAUGCAUCGAGUGCAAGUCCUGCAGUCUGUGUGGGACCUCCGAGAACGAUGACCAGCUGCUGUUCUGUGAUGAUUGUGACAGAGGCUACCACAUGUACUGCCUCAGCCCUCCCAUGUCCGAGCCACCAGAGGGGAGCUGGAGCUGCCAUCUGUGUCUGAGACAGCUGAAGGAGAAAGCCUCAGCCUACAUCACUCUCACCUAA